AUGCUUCCUGAAUCCUUGCUGUCUGUGGCCAACAAGGACCUGUGGAGAUAUGCCUUGGACCGUGAUCGGCAAGUGAAACUCUUCGAAGUCGAGGAGCUGAGUAGUUGGGCCACCUUCGGCGCGGUCUUCCUCGCCCUCAUUAUGUUCGACAACUUCUUCUUGAACAAGAACGCUGAGGAGUUGACCAUUGGCCGUGCCCUCCGCUACACCCUCUUCUGGAUCUCCACCGCCUUCGCCUUUUGUGGCUGGGUGUGGUAUACCUACGGAAGGAACGGCGCCUUCAUGUGGAUGAGUGGUUACAUGCUCGAGUGGCUCUUGUCCUUUGACAACUUGUUUGUCUUCCAUCUGAUCUUCAACCUCUACGGCACGCCAGACCACCUGAAGCAUCGCCCCCUCUACCUGGGGAUUUGCGGUGCCGUGAUCUUCAGGCUACUGUUCAUCUUCGUGGGCGAGUACAUGAUGCAUGCCAUGCUCUUUAUGCACUUCGUCUUCGGAACCUUCCUGGUCUACACUGGCAUCAAGACCCUGACUUCUGACGAUGAGGAUGAGGAUCCAUCGCAGAAUCCCAUGGUGAAGUGGCUGCAAGACAAGGUUCCCUUUGUGAAUGUCUACGACAACAAUGGCGCGUUCUUCGUGCGAGUCCCUGUGUCCGAGGAGUGGAGUGCGCCCAAGGACACGGAGGCUGCCAAGAUUUCGGAUGAGGGUGAGGGUGCGACCUACGGCACCGUUGAUUUCUCGUCCUACAAGUGA